AUGUUGAGUACUAUUGUUGAUUAUAUAGAAGAAAUUAAGGAUCAAUUUGUUCCAAUCAUCGCAAAAGCUGAAGAUGAAGUUGAAGAAGCUAACGAUGGUGACGAUGAUGACGACGAAGAUGAAGACGAAGAUGAAGAUGAAGAUGAAGAGGAAGAGGAAGCUAAGGAUCAAUAUGAUGAACUAAGAGAAGAGUGUCUACAGACGGAUAAAGGUAAGGCAUUAAAACACCAUUAUGAUGAAUGUGUCGCCAGGGUUCAAAUGCAAAAGGAACAACCAGGUUACGAAGAUUUAGAAAAUAAAGAAGAUUGUGUCGAAGAAUUCUUCCAUCUACAACAUUAUAUGGACAGUUGUGCUGCCCCAAGACUGUUUAGUAAGCUGAAGUGA